UUGCUGCACUUGGAGGGUAAAGAAGUGUCAGAAUCAUCUGAUAUCCGUGUAGUGAUCUGGCAGUUGCAAGUGGUUCAAACUGAUCUACUGGCUGUAAUUGAACGGUCUUCGUUGUCUCGCUGGUAUUCUGGCCAGUUUUCGAAUAAUACUUUUCACGGAUGUUGCUUAAACGCAGAUUAUAGUAAUUAUCAUUGAAUCAAAAAUGUCCGUUCCUAAAAUGACUCUCACGGUGUUUUUCGUAGUGCUGGUAACCAUUGCUUCGUCAGAAUUUACACCUGAAGAUUGUAAAAUUUUGGGAUUUAAUAAGGCCAACUUGUUAUGCUCAACGUGUGACAAUUUAAACAAUUUCAAACUGAAUGAUAUAGAAGAAAAGUGCAGAGAGUGCUGCCUGAAAGAUGAUGAUGAUGGUUCCAGUCUAAGAAGAUAUCCUAAGGCAAUACUUGAAGUUUGCACUUGUAAAUUUGGGGCAUAUCCACAAAUUCAAGCAUUCAUCAAGAGUGAUAGACCUAGCAAGUUCAAGAAUCUACAAAUCAAAUAUCUUCGUGGAUUGGAUCCUGUUAUUAAGUUGCUUGAUGAGGAUGGUAAGGUUGAAGAUGUCCUUGAUAUUCACAAAUGGGACACUGACUCAGUAGAUGAAUUUCUUUCGACGCAUCUAGUUGUGGAUUAGUAACAGUGAAUACAUCGUAAGUUUUUUUCUAAAUCUGUUAUCUGUUAUUAUCAUCACUAUUUGUAAUAAACGGUAAUAUACUAUGAGAUUUAGCUAUUA